AUUUCCUCCGUUUUGCUACACACAUAAACCCAAUAGUGAAGUGAAGAAGACAAAAAUAGUAUUCGAAAUUUCAAAGAUAUCUUCUUUUUGACUUGUUGAACUGACCCAAUCGCAUAAAUUUCCAACUGCAUCGGGACAAUAAUUGAUCGGUGAACUCUCUCUAUCUUCAUCUUCUCUCCGAUUUUUUUUUCUAAGAAAUGGUUUCGAGCGCCAUCGAUCUCUUGAAGAAGGAGAUCCCGCUGGAGCAGGAGUCUGUGGUUUUGGCCGAAGAUGCUGUGAAUGGCCUUGUUCUUGUUGAUAUCAUCAAUGGCUUCUGCACUGUUGGCGCUGGAAAUCUGGCACCAAGAGAGCCAAACAGGCAGAUUUCUGGAAUGGUAGAAGAAUCAGCAAGGAUUGCGAGAGCUUUCUGUGAGAAGAAAUGGCCUAUAUUGGCAUUUCUUGAUUCUCACCAACCAAACAAGCCUGAGGAGCCAUAUCCUCCCCACUGUAUUUCUGGUUCUCAUGAAUCCAACUUGGUUCCAGCUCUGGAAUGGCUGGAGAAGGAGGCGAACGUGACGAUGAGGCGCAAGGACUGCUUCGACGGCUACCUCGGCUCCUUCCAGCCCGAUGGUUCCAACGUGUUCGUCGACUGGAUCAAGAACAACCGCAUCAGAUCUCUUUUGGUAGUCGGGAUUUGUACGGACAUCUGCGUGCUGGACUUUGUGUGCUCGACGAUGUCGGCGAGGAAUCUAGGGUUUCUGAGCCCUUUGAACGACGUCGUUCUGUACUCUCAGGCCUGUGCUACCUUUGACGUCCCUCUCCAUGUUGCUACAAGCACCAAGGCAGCUCUCGCCCAUCCUCAGGAGUUGAUGCACCAUAUAGGCCUAUACAUGGCGAAGGAAAGGGGGGCCAUCAUUGCCAACAAAAUAUCGAUAGGAACCGCUGAAGAAGCCAACACAUCAAUCCACCUUGUUUGAGUAGUCCACUAUCUUUAGAGGAAAGAGUUAUAAUGAAAUAAAUAAAUGGAAGAUGAUGUUCAUCUAUUUUAGCAAUCGAGUAUGUUUUUAACUUAAAUUAAUUAGUUAAGUUGCCACCAAAGGACAAUGAUGGUAGUUAUCUAUGUUAUUUAUCUAGUCUCUUCGUGUAGAGAAUAAAAAUAUAUUGUUAUUUAACUAGUAUCUUCGUGUAAAAUUGAGGAAUAAAAAUAUAUUGUUAUUUA